AAACGAAUCUAACGUCUCAAGUACACUAUUUUUCUGGCUUCACUGAAAAGCAAUUAGAAAAUAGAUGAAAAUCUCGUCCUGCUAAACUCCUCCAGUAUCUGGGGUUCUACAAAAUCUUGGGAUAUAUGAUCGUCAAUCCUUAUACUAGAAAAAGAUGUUCCUGAGUAGAUUUCAGCGAUUGAGGAAUUCUAAGGCUAGGGUUGUUGAUACUCUAGCUCUUCCUUAUGUGAAGAAGAAAGUUCUGAACUCAUGGUCUGCUUGUCAAGAUACUUACUUUUCAACUAAGGAUAUUUUUGAGAGGCAUAAAGUGGUGUUUACAAUCUCGACUUCUCUAGCAUCUGUUGGAACUGCAUGGAUUGGUUAUUCUUUACGGUACUUGCAUAACACAAAAGUUGAAAAGAAGCUUGAGUCCAUCGAGAAAGCAAUGAAAGAGAAUAAAAAUAUGGAGCAGGAUGAGCUAAAGAAGCUUGUUGGAUAUAAUGUCAGCCCUGCAUCUAGUAUUGCUACUGCUGGAACCACUUUAGUUAUCGGGUAUGCUCUGGGCUGGCGAGGUGGAAAAUGGUUUGCUAACAGGAAAUUCAGAAAAGAGCAGUUGAAAAUGCUUGGGGUGAAAACGCCUGCAAGGUGGAAAUUACCGUCGCUGAGGAAUCCCUUCCCAAGACUUCCGUCUUUAAAAAGGCGAUUAAGACUGCCAGGAAAACCUAGUAAAAAGUCUGAUGCCUUGGCAGACACUGCCAUCACCACAAACUCCAGCAACCUGCAGUCAGUACCUAAGUAGCAAUUGGUUGAAAGCUGGGGAAAAUGUUAGUUGGAUAUAUUUGUAAAUUUUUUUGAAACAUAUACAUGUUCUUAAAAUCGUUGAGAAGGAACAUAAUUAGUAUAGAUUUUGGAACACGUCAACUCUGUAUUUUAGUUAGGAAAAGAAAGGCUGAAAUUCGGACACAAGUUUCAUUUUUUAGUACAUAACUUGUUAUGUUGAGAAACUUGUGUCUGAGCUGGGUUUCUUAUUCUCAAAGAUUCUUUGUUACAUCAUUGAAAUUGAACUGAUGAUUACAUUUCUAGUCCCCUUGUCUAUGAAGAGCUCAAAAACGAAAAUCUUGUGAUUUUUGAACCAAUUCUGCUCACAGAGCCAACCUGGUCAGGUUU